AUGGCGCUGCCUUCAGACUUGGUGUUCCUGAGGCGAGCGUGUGCUGAGCUCUCCUUGCUUGAUAAGGGCAAUAGUCUGCCCAUAACCCCGGGUGAUCGAAGCGGUGAUAUGAGGUCCUCCGGGCGCUCUUGUGAACCCCAAGGGCUUCUAGGCAGAGCGGGAAGUGAUAAAAGUGGGAGGGGCCGGGAAGGCCGCCCCUGCACCCCGACUGACGAGAUGGGGGACGAUCUAGACUACGAGUCCCUCCUGGCUGACAAAUCGAUGGCCAUCGUGCAGCCGAUGAGCGACUGGGCUAUCCGGGGCGUCCGCAGACACCCGUGCUCAGAGGGUCGCGACGCCCAAGUGUCCACCGUGUGGCCGGACCUGGGGGCAGGUCUGAGUGGUCGAGGCGCCCUGGCCGCCUCUGCCGCCCCUCCCCCCGUCAUGGCGCCCCGGAAAGUCCGGGCCCGCGGGAACCAGAAAAGAGGCGCUAAAAGUAAGCAGAGCGCGGGCGGCAGGGUUCCCCAGCGGCCCUCCGUGGUAGGCCUGGUCGAGCUGCCUUCCGACCCCGAGUCACAAUGUGAGUUCAGUGAGGUGCCGAUGAGGGUGAGCAUUUACCCCAAAGGAGGAGACCCGGGCGAGCCCAGCAGCGCCGAGGAUCCCGGGGACACACCCAGACACUCGAGUUUGCUUGUCAGGGAGGACUUCCUUCCCACGCCAGGCUCUCUCUUGACCUCUGUCUGCUUCCCGAGCACUCACUUCAGGCAAGGGAAGGCAGGCCGUUGGAGAGCUGGACAGCUCUUCCUGGAAGAAAAUGCAGGGUGUGGUGUGGGGGAAGGCAGGCAGCGGGCCCAGUUCCCAGGAGCUGCUGCUGCCGCCUUGGGCAGCCUGCCCCGGGCCGUUCCUAAGAAGAAGGUGGCCCAGGAGAAGAAGUUCCUAGGGGCCGCCUCAAACUUGGCCCUGGGGAGAGUAUUUCCUCCAUGGGGGCAGAGACUGUCAGCAGUUCCCCUGGAACCAGCCACCUUCCCCCCAAUCGCUGGUGUUCCCCUGCUCGGGAGGUCCAAGAGCUACUCCUUGCUCUGGUAGGGACACAAAGAGUCCAAGUACAACAGCACUGGGAAGAAAUGUGUGGCCAGGAAGGCAAAGAAAUCCCAGCCUGUGGCCAGAAGCGAUAAUGGCCCCAAUAGAGAUCCAGGCCCAAAGGCCCCAUUGAGUAGAACAUCUUCUUCCUAUCUGCCCACACUUCCCCUUCCCGGCACAUGCAUCUUUACUGUGUGCCUUACUGAGGGCCUGUCCUUAGGAGUUGGGCUGGCACCUGAUUUGGAUCAGAGCACCCUUAAAAGUUUGGGCUGCAAAGCUUGGCUUCCAAUGCCCAGGCCGGGGCCACCUUACCUGCACAUGCAUCGUGGAGGAUUUGGCAGUGGUGACCGCAGCAGCAGAGCUCCCCAAGUUCCAGGAAACUCACAGGCCUGGGCCUUAAACCAGGGAGGCGUCACUCCUAGAGGCCCUGCACCCUCCAGUGAGUCUUGUGGGUUUGGUAGGAGUGAAUGUCCUCGGUGUGCUGAGCUGCAGAGAGAGAGAGACGACCUUAAACAGCAACUAGCGGACAUGCAGCGCCUCACUGACAAGUUCCAGGCCCUUUGAAGUUGAACCCAGCCUCUUCCUACAAGACAAGCAGCUGGUGCCUUUGGAUCCCAGGAGCUUCGGCCAAGCUGCUUCCCGCCGUUUCUUUUUCAACCACGGCUACCUCUCGCCCUCUGCUCUUUUCCUCUCCUGACCCCAGUUUAUAAGAAAUGAUCCAAUUAAAGUAGCUCUCAUAUUCUGA